AUGAUCCAGUUUGGCUGCCCCCACUCGAAGGACCCAAGGAGCUCCAGAGCUGGUCCGACCAUACCUAGAUUCGCCGUGAUAGAUGAUAACCGUGGUGUUCAGGUCGGAACCCUCUCUAUGGCCAACACUGGCCGUCCCAACAGUGGUGGCAGUCAGUUCUUCAUCAACGUAGCUCACAAUGAGUUCCUCGAUUUCUGGAGGAACGAUUUGGCUCCCAGUCAGCAUCCCGUAUUCGGCAAGGUUGUUGACGGUAUGGAUGUCGUGAUGAAUAUUUCCAAGGCUCCCACUAACAGCAAUGACAGUCCUAGGACUCCUAUCAUGGUCAACUCCAUCACCGUACAGGGUGCCUAA